UCCCAUGCUCAGAUGGAGGAGGCUGGGGUCACGAGAGUAAGAUGGGAGGGAGGUUCAGCUACCUCAUUACCAAAGCAGCAAGUAAAAGAGCAAGGAAGGAAAGAAAGCAUGCAUCAGCCCUGCACACUGGAUUCCCUUCACAUCCCUGGGAAUUUUUCCCUCUUCAAGCAAAGGUGAUAACAAUGUUGCAGUUUAUCCCUAGCUACGCGUACUGUUGGAGCAGGGGGAACAGAGGCACUCAGCCUUGCAGUUUCUGCCUCUGAAGAAACAGAAGUGUGCUGUUCUGAUGAAAUCACGUUUUCAGCACCAUGGACAGGGAUUCAAUGCCUUGAGUGCCAGCAAGGAUGGAUUUCACUGAUCCUGCAGUUCAACCUUGGGCUUCAGACAUCUAGAGGGGAAAGGACCCCAUGCCUUUUCUACGAAACGCUUGAAAACCAGAGCUCUGCAAACAUGCAUCGGCGGCACACCACCCUCCGGGAGAAAGGGAGGAGGCAAGCCACCCGGGGUCCAGCCUACAUGUUCAAUGAGAAAGGCACCAGCCUUACAGCUGAGGAGGAACGCUUCUUGGAUUCAGCAGAAUAUGGCAACAUCCCGGUGGUGCGGAAAAUGCUGGAGGAAUCCAAGACAUUGAACUUCAACUGUGUGGACUACAUGGGACAAAAUGCCCUGCAACUGGCGGUAGGCAAUGAACAUCUCGAAGUCACCGAACUUCUUCUGAAGAAGGAGAAUCUGGCUCGUGUUGGGGAUGCCCUCUUGCUAGCCAUCAGCAAAGGAUAUGUGCGUAUUGUGGAAGCAAUAUUGAACCACCCGGCCUUUGCACAAGGACAACGUCUCACACUCAGUCCCCUUGAGCAAGAGCUACGGGAUGAUGAUUUUUACGCAUACGAUGAAGAUGGAACACGCUUUUCCCAUGACAUUACUCCAAUCAUACUUGCUGCUCAUUGCCAGGAAUAUGAAAUUGUUCAUAUACUGCUGAUGAAAGGGGCACGGAUAGAGAGGCCCCAUGAUUACUUCUGUAAGUGCAAUGAAUGCAUUGAGAAGCAAAGGAAAGACUCAUUUAGUCAUUCGCGAUCAAGAAUGAAUGCCUACAAAGGAUUAGCAAGUGCCGCUUAUUUGUCUCUUUCUAGUGAAGACCCUGUUCUUACUGCUUUAGAAUUAAGCAAUGAACUGGCAAGACUAGCCAACAUUGAAACAGAAUUUAAGAAUGAUUAUAGGAAGUUAUCUAUGCAAUGCAAGGAUUUUGUGGUGGGUGUGCUGGAUCUCUGCAGGGACACAGAAGAAGUGGAGGCUAUUCUGAAUGGAGACGUGACUGUACAAUCAUGGUCAGAAAACCAUCGCCCAAGUCUAAGCAGAAUCAAGCUGGCCAUUAAAUAUGAAGUCAAAAAGUUUGUCGCCCAUCCCAAUUGUCAGCAGCAGUUACUCACCAUGUGGUAUGAGAAUCUCUCAGGCUUACGCCAGCAGUCCAUGGCUGUGAAAUUCCUGGCGGUCUUUGGAGUCUCAAUAGGCCUUCCAUUCCUUGCCAUAGCAUACUGGAUUGCUCCCUGCAGCAAGCUGGGACGUACACUCCGGAGCCCCUUCAUGAAGUUUGUAGCACAUGCUGUGUCUUUUACCAUUUUCCUUGGACUGUUAGUUGUGAAUGCCUCAGACCGAUUUGAAGGAGUCAAGCUCCUUCCCAAUGAAACAGCCAUGGACCAUCCCAAACAAAUAUUUAGAGUAAAAACCACACAGUUUUCAUGGACAGAAAUGCUCAUCAUGAAGUGGGUUCUAGGAAUGAUAUGGUCUGAAUGCAAAGAAAUUUGGGAAGAAGGCCCCCGAGAAUAUGUCAUGCAUCUUUGGAACUUGUUGGAUUUCGGGAUGCUCUCAAUCUUCGUGGCUUCCUUCACUGCCAGAUUCAUGGCAUUCCUCAAAGCAUCAGAAGCACAACAUUAUGUGGAUUUAUAUGUUCCGGAUGAGGACCUCAAUAAUGUCACCCUUCCUCCUCAGGUUGCCUAUUUUACAUAUGCCAGGAGCAGAUGGAUUCCCUCAGAUCCUCAGAUCAUAUCAGAAGGACUAUAUGCAAUAGCGGUGGUACUCAGCUUCUCCCGGAUUGCAUACAUUCUCCCAGCCAAUGAAAGCUUUGGUCCCCUCCAGAUUUCUUUGGGACGAACUGUGAAAGACAUCUUCAAAUUCAUGGUCAUUUUUAUUAUGGUGUUUCUUGCUUUCAUGAUUGGAAUGUUCAACCUUUACUCCUACUACCUUGGUGCAAAAUAUAACCCAGCAUUUACAACGGUAGAAGAAAGUUUUAAAACCUUAUUCUGGUCCAUAUUUGGUUUGUCGGAGGUGAUAUCAGUGGUGCUGAAGUAUGAUCACAAGUUUAUAGAAAACAUUGGCUAUGUGCUCUACGGCGUCUAUAACGUCACCAUGGUGGUUGUGCUCCUCAACAUGUUAAUAGCCAUGAUCAACAAUUCCUAUCAGGAAAUUGAGGAGGAUGCAGAUGUGGAGUGGAAGUUUGCGCGUGCAAAGCUCUGGCUCUCAUAUUUCGAUGAGGGGAGGACUCUACCUGCUCCUUUCAACCUAGUGCCAAGCCCUAAGUCGUUUUAUUAUCUCAUAAUGAGAAUUAAAAUGUGCCUCAUAAAGCUCUGCAAAUCUAAGGCCAAAAACUGUGAAAAUGAUCUUGAGAUGGGCAUGCUGAAUUCCAAGCUGCGGAAAGUUCGUUUUGAGUCAAGUAUUCAAAACUCAGACUUUUCUGUGAAGAAUGCCUACAACAAGCCCACAAGAUAUCAGGUAGCAACACUACUUCCCAAUGGAUUCUACCACCAUGGCCAUCUCCAGCAUAUAAAAAUAAUGAAGAGACUUAUUAAGCGAUACGUUCUGAAAGCUCAGGUGGAUCGAGAGAAUGAUGAAGUGAAUGAAGGUGAACUCAAGGAGAUUAAGCAAGACAUUUCGAGUCUCCGCUAUGAGCUUCUGGAAGAAAAGUCACAAGCAACCGGAGAGUUGGCAAGCCUAAUACAGCAGCUGAGUGAUAAGUUUGGAAAGAGUUUGAAUAAAGACAUUUGAGAAGGACAAAUAAGGACAAAGGGGAAAAAUAUUAUUCCAACCAGCAUUUUAAAGGAGAAGAAAUGGUUCAAGAAAAGAACAUUGAGGAUUACAUUAUGAUUAUUAUGGAAAGCUGAUUAUUGAUGAUUUUAUGGGGACUGUGCAUUAGUUUGGUUUAUUGGGUGAAGCCAAUGAUCAAUUCCUUUAUGAUAUAAAGGUGUUGGAUUUUUUGUUAUUAAAUCAAGCCUUUUUGACAUCAGAAAUAGAUGAAUAAUCUUGAAGAGACAAGCUUGGUUUUUCUAGAUACCCAAAGUACUUUUUGAAAACUGGAAAUAAGCCAGAUGUUUCAUUGUUAUACAUCAGCAUACAACAUGAGAUCAGAAGCAGCAAAGUUAAGGAAAGAAGAACAAAAAAUGUAGGGGAAGAGGGGCGGAAAGAUGAGUGAUAAAUUUUAAUUCAUCGUGAAAUCCAUAUAUCAUGUGUGUGCAUUUGUGUCCCUUUAUGUUCACUCUGGAUACUGCAGUGAAAGCCAGGAGGUCAUCAAGUCAAAUUUCAAUUCAGGACAGAAUUACAGUUUUUAUCUCUGGCCAAAUGUAUAUGCCCCAACCAGUAUUUGAUGAGAUGUAUAUGCCCCAACCAGUAUUUGAUGAGAUGGAGCUAUAGUCUUCCGUAUCUGCCAGUUCUCUUCCCCCAAUGAAUUCUAGCCUAUUACCCCACCCCACACACACACACACACACAUAUGCACAUGCCAAACUGGCCUUUAGUUUCUGCCUGGCUACAUAGUAGAAAUGCUGAAAGAGCUCAUCACGUGGAUUCAAAAGCACAGAAAGCGUUAAGUAUCUCUGUCUCAUUAACUUACAGGUACAACCAGAUUGGAGGGUCUUUGCACAAUCCAGUUAUUACUUUGAUGUUGUACAACCCAUGUGGGUUUCCAGUUAACUUUAGGGUGCAUUCAAGUCAAAAUAAUAGAUCAGUAUAAAUUAAUAUAGUAACCAUGAAACCCAUAUCCAAGGUUUCACUUAUCCAUGCCUAGGAAAAUAUGGUCUCUCUUUGAAUUUGUAUGUCCUCCAUGUGAUUACUCUGAUGCACCCAGCAAAUUCCUAGAGAUAUUAGGACUGGAAGUUGGGUAAUGUAAUGGUUAAGUGUUGCCUGUUGCUACCAGCUUGCAAUUCAUGUUUUGCUAACUUAGGGGGAAAACAAAUAUCAUUUUGACUGAUAUUGAAAUGUAAAGGUUUGCAAGAAACUUACUUAAUCUCCAAAUUUCCUAAGAAAUUCAUUAACAUCCUUAGAUUGAAACAAAAACCUAAACAAAAGUGGCAGAAACUAUGUUAAGUGGAAGGCAGUUACAAUACAGUCCUUUCCAUGCAGAGAAUUCAAUAGCUAUUUGGAUCUGUUUGGAUCUGAUGAUUCCAAAAUCCAAAAAUUCCUUCCUCAAUUUGAGAGAGAGAAAAACAAAGUUUAAAAAACACAAUGUGGUGGCUUGGUGCUUGGGGGAAAGCUGGAGAAAUGGGAAAAAUAUGGUAUCAACAAGCUGUGCUGAUAUUUAAAUGAAUAUCUUUUCUCUACAGUUCUCUUGGAGAUUAAAUAUUAUUGAGCUAGAUGUUUAGAGAAGGAUUCCACUGAUACUGGUGCAAUUAUUGAGGAUUCAAAGGGCUUGGUGUUCCCACUGAACUCUAUCCAAUAGCCACUUUGAGUCUACUUUGUGGACAGAAAAAGCAGGCUAUAAAUAAACAUAAUAAUAAUAUAAUAUCAUGUUGGGCUGGGAACAGAGAGACUGCCCCAGAAAUUUCUGGCAAUUAAAAAAUUAAUCUGACAGCCAUAAUGUGGAUUUAUGAUUGGACAAGCAAAACAUUGUAGCCAAUUUAAAAGUCUUCCCUCAGACCUAGAAGCACUCUGCAGUAUCUUAAUGUAUGUUUUUCAAAUGCCAUUUACAGUUUCAAAGGAGGUACACAUUUAGCCUGUUUAAGCUUUACCACUAAGGAAUCCUUUAUGUAUAUUGGCAAAUUGUCACAUUUGGACACUGAGAUUUGAUAAAUGGCAGAAAGCAUUACAUCACAGUGACUAAUAUAUAUGUACCAAACUCCAAGGAAAAAAUGCAAGACUCAAAAGGAUGCUCUCCAGCAAAUUAAUUCUGUGAUAAAAACUAGAUUCUCCUAUUGUUGUCUAUGAAAUUUGAGAUAGUUAUGCAUAUGAAUCACUCCAUCAUAAUAUUUUCAGACACUCUCUCAUAAUGAACAGUCCCCGAACAGCCCAGUGUUAUGAAAUACAUGUAUGUGUAGAUAUUAUUUGUAUCAAAGAAAAAAUCUUUUUUUUUCACCCAGGAAUCUGUGUUGUGUUCAAGAAUUUUGCUCAGUAAAUGAAUGAAAAAUUGUAGCUACAAUUCUAAAUGAAUUAAGUUGGAUCCCAGUUUAGCCACAUGUAGGGUUGACCCCUUGAAAUCAUUGGGAUUUAAUCAUUAUUUUAAAGUCCCAUUCAUUUCAGCACUUGGUAUAUGGACUAAGGGCCCUUGUACACAGGUUGCAGGUUAACCUGAGGCACUGAAACACUGACUCAGGUUAAUACGGAUAAAUCCAGAGUAAAUUAGAAUUUCCCAGUUUACUUUGGAUUAAUUAAACACCUGGAAAGAUAUGGAUCCUACAGCAAGGGCUGGGCCUGUGGGGAUUGACUUCCGGGACUGCCUUUCAUGAUCCUGAGAGUAAAUCCCUAUUGGCAUCCUGGUUCUUCAAGCUCUAAGUGCCCAAAUGAGUGGGAUGGCACCCCCUUCCCUCCUAGCAUCGCUGCAUCUUCAGGCUUAAAGCUUCUGACACAUCAAAAUGAUGCAUUAGGAGUUUUGGAGAGGGGAGCUGAAAUCCCCCCUCCCCUCUCCAAAUCUUCUGAUGUGUAAUUUUUCCAAGAGGUCUGGAGAUGCAGCCUAACCCAUCUGGUAAGUUUUGGGGAAAACAGUGGGUUGUGUACUGGCUAGAUGUCCACCCAGCAUGUAGCCACCACCCCAGCAAAAUCCUAGGGGGUGGUGUGGGGCCUCAAACCCAUGAGGAACUGGGAUAUAAAAUACCAGUUCCUCUUGGGAUUUGGAUCUGUCUAGAAGGGCCCUAAAUCUUGGUCCUGCCCAUAGUGCAUUUACACUGUAGAAUUAAUGCAGUUUGAUAGUACUUUGACUGCUAUGGCUGAAUUUGAAAAAAUCAUGAGAUGCAGUUUUACAAGCUCUUUAGCCUUCUCUGCCAAAGAGUGUUUAUGCCUCACCAACUACAAAUGUCAGGACUCCAUAGCCAUGGCAGUAAGUGGUGUCAAACUGCAUUAUAGUGUUGAUGCACUCUCAAAAUAAGAUGUAAUGGCUCUGUGGGACUUUCUUAAAAAUACACAAACUUAUGACUGGGCUGAUUAUUAGUCUAUUUCCAAGAAACAACUAAGCCUGAAUUGUGGAUCUUGAAUAGAAUGCCAUAGAAUAACACUGAGUGAAUGAGAUAAUAUGCCAUUCAAGAAUUUUGAAUCUAGAACAUCUCCAUCUUGGUCAAUACUCUUGAUCAUUUUAGGACAUUCCAACACAAUGUGAAAUUUCUUAGCAAAAACCUUUGUUGCGCCUUGGUCAACUUUAGGGGAAAUGUUUUUUUAAAUAAAAAAAAUUAAAACAUUUCAUGAAAACGUUUACAGGCCUCAUAGUGCACUCUUCCACGUGGAUGUUAGUAUAUGGAUUAGUGCAACUGAAAAUUCAGCUGUGUUUAUUUGAGGAAAGAAAUUUGGCUUCAUCUGAUCAAAGCACACCUUGCUACUAUGGUACUAGAAAGUUGUACUAUGUUUACAAGAUGCACCUAUAUGACAACAUUAAAGAUCAGCUGAUAAUAGUGAGGAAAAUGAACAAGAAGAAGCAGAAGGUGACCUGUGACCUGUUCUUAAGUGCCAGAUGAGAACACAGAUAGCCUAAUAGAUUAAUAGUUUUAUUUGUUUAAAAAAAUAAAAAUUAAAAAAAAUGUACGGUAGAUAUAACUGUUUAGAGAAAAAAUAAAUCAAAUAAUGUAUUUUUACCUUUAAUAAUUUUAUCUUGUAUACUGUAAUAUUUUUAUUGAAAACAAUGACAACAAAAAUAAAAUUACCUCAGACUAGCAAUG